GAAAUCGAAAUUUCACCCCUCGCCGUCCGCCAUUCCAAGCAGAGCGUCGAACUGCUUCGACUCUGCAUUCCCAUCCCAAAGCUCAACGAGAGCGCCCUAAACUGCCGCACGGCAUACAACAUCGACAGAUAGUCGAUAGUCCGACAAUAUGGUCAACUUCACCGUCGACGAGAUCCGGGAGUUGAUGAACCGACCUGCGAACAUUCGUAACAUGUCGGUUAUCGCCCACGUCGAUCACGGAAAAUCCACCUUGACCGACUCCCUCGUUCAGCGAGCCGGUAUUAUCUCCGCAGCGAAGGCCGGCGAAGCUCGAUUUACGGACACCCGAAAAGACGAGCAAGAGCGAGGUAUCACCAUCAAGUCAACCGCCAUCUCGCUAUAUGCGCAUCUCCCCGAUGAGGAGGAUCUCAAGGAUAUCCCCCAGAAAGUCAAUGGUAACGAGUUCUUGAUCAACUUGAUCGACUCGCCCGGUCACGUCGAUUUCUCAUCUGAAGUCACUGCCGCUCUUCGUGUCACCGAUGGUGCCCUCGUCGUGGUCGACACCAUCGAAGGUGUCUGUGUGCAGACCGAAACUGUCCUCCGACAGGCUCUCGGUGAGCGUAUCAAGCCCGUCGUCAUCAUCAACAAGGUCGAUCGUGCCCUGCUCGAACUUCAAGUUUCCAAGGAAGAUCUAUACCAGUCUUUCUCCCGAACAAUCGAGUCCGUCAACGUCAUCAUCUCAACCUACUUCGACAAGGCCCUGGGUGAUGUCCAAGUCUUCCCCGACAAGGGUAACGUGGCUUUCGGUUCCGGUCUGCACGGCUGGGCUUUUACCAUCCGUCAAUUCGCCGUCCGAUACGCCAAGAAGUUCGGUGUCGACAAGUCCAAGAUGAUGGAGCGUCUUUGGGGCGACAGCUUCUUCAACCCCAAGACCAAGAAGUGGACUAAGGUUGGCACGCACGAGGGCCAGACCCUAGAGCGUGCUUUCAACCAGUUCAUCCUUGACCCCAUCUUCAAGAUCUUCGACGCUUUCAUGAAGGGCAAGGUCGAUGACCUUGUCACCUUGUGCGGCAAGCUCGACAUCAAGAUCACCUCAGAAGAGAAGGAGCUUCCUGGAAAGGGUCUCCUCAAGGCCGCCAUGCGAAAGUUCUUGCCCGCUGCCGACGCUCUGUUGGAGAUGAUGAUUAUCCACUUGCCAUCUCCAGUCACAGCUCAGAAAUACCGUGCCGAGACUCUCUACGAGGGUCCUUCGGACGAUGCCGCCUGCAUCGCCAUCCGCGACUGCGACCCCAAGGGUGACCUCAUGCUUUACGUCUCCAAGAUGGUGCCGACUUCCGACAAGGGCCGAUUCUACGCUUUUGGUCGUGUCUUCGCUGGUACCGUCCGCUCUGGCCUGAAGGUCCGCAUUCAGGGUCCCAACUACGUCCCUGGCAAGAAGGAAGAUCUCUUCGUCAAGGCGAUCCAGCGAACUGUCCUCAUGAUGGGUCGUACCGUCGAGCCUAUUGAUGAUAUGCCAGCUGGUAACAUUGUCGGUCUGGUCGGUAUCGAUCAGUUCUUGCUCAAGUCCGGUACUCUCACCACCUCUGAGACCGCCCACAACAUGAAGGUCAUGAAGUUCUCCGUCUCUCCUGUCGUGCGACGAUCCGUCGAAGUCAAGAAUGCCAACGACUUGCCCAAACUUGUCGAAGGUCUCAAGCGAUUGUCCAAGUCCGACCCUUGCGUCUUGACCAUGAUCACCGAGUCCGGCGAGCACGUUGUUGCUGGUGCUGGUGAACUUCACUUGGAAAUCUGCUUGAAGGAUUUGGAAGAGGACCACGCUGGUGUGCCCCUUAAGAUCAGCGACCCAGUCGUCUCAUACCGUGAGACCGUUGGUGGCGACUCCAGCAUGACUGCCCUGUCCAAAUCUCCCAACAAGCACAACCGGCUGUAUGUCAUUGCAUCGCCUCUCGGUGAGGAAGUUUCCAAGGACAUCGAGGGCGGCAAGAUCAACCCCCGUGACGACUUCAAGGCCCGUGCCCGUGUCCUUGCUGACGACCACGGCUGGGAUGUUACCGAUGCACGAAAGAUUUGGGGUUUCGGUCCCGACACCACUGGUCCCAACUUGUUGGUUGACCAGACCAAGGCCGUCCAGUACCUCAACGAAAUCAAGGAUUCUUUCGUUUCUGGUUUCCAAUGGGCUACCCGUGAAGGUCCUCUCGCCGAAGAGCCUCUGCGAGGAGUCCGAUUCAACAUCAUGGAUGUCACUCUUCACGCCGAUGCUAUCCAUCGUGGUGGCGGUCAGAUCAUUCCCACUGCCAGACGUGUGCUGUACGCUUCCACACUUUUGGCUGACCCCGGCCUCCAAGAGCCUGUCUUCUUGGUCGAAAUCCAGGUUCCAGAACAAGCCAUGGGUGGUAUCUAUGGUGUCUUGACCCGCAGAAGAGGUCACGUCUUCUACGAGGAGCAACGUGUGGGUACACCACUGUUCACUGUCAAGGCCUACCUUCCUGUCAUGGAGUCUUUCGGUUUCAACGCCGAUCUCCGUGCCGCCACUGGUGGUCAAGCCUUCCCCCAGAUGGUGUUCGACCACUGGCAGAUUCUGCCCGGUGGUUCGCCACUUGACGCCGCCAGCAUGCCCGGCAAGAUCACCGUGGAUAUGCGUACGAGAAAGGGUCUCAAACCCCAAGUUCCCGGCUAUGACAACUACUAUGACAAGUUGUAGAGCACUCAGCUUGCAAGCACAGAUCAAAAAGGCCAUGUCAUUACGAAUCGCAUACCCCCAGAAUCAUGGUCUUGACGCAUUGACGGUAACAAAAGCACUGGUUCGACGCAAUGACAUACAUGCUUGAAGCAGAAUACGGACUCUAGGUGGUUGUCAAGCUCGAAGAUGGAGGGAGAAAAGACAAAAGGACAUUGAGGGGUGGAUGACGGUCUUGGGUCACUGUUGAAGACCAACUAUCGACACAACUGCAUUUUCCUGUCUUGUUAGAUUGUUGUUGCCUCCGUUGGUGUGCAUACAGGCUCGAGAAACGUAGAUGACAAUUUGAUGCAUUCAUGAGACAAA